AUGGCAAUGUUCAAGCCUUCGCAACCGAUGAUGGCGCGAUUGCGUCUGACCACCAAGCAGGUCAAUGGCGGUUACUACAAGGGAAACCGGACCGGAUCAAUGGGUUACUUCGCGAAGAAUGGCUCUUAUGUGAUCGAUUGGAAGAGAGUCCGCACAUAUGUCGUCCCUGAAAAUCUGGCUGAUUUCAAGCUCACGCCGUUUGUGACGAAACGCAUGACGCCGACAAAGGGCAAGUACACGAGAGAGAUUGAGAAGAACGGUAGAACGGUUAUCGUCGAGCGAGCGUUUGGUGCGAAGGACUAUCUUGACAUGUGGGCUUCGGAUAAUGGUCAAGAAGUGCUGGAACAGGAGCGACUCGAGCAAGAAUCAGCGGCGAGCCAGGCGGCCUCCCGUCAAUGA